CUCUGUGACGUCACGGCUGUGGACGUUUCUGAGCACAGAGACGCAGUGUAUCAGCCGGAAGUCAGCUCCGGGACCGUAAACUCACAUUAAAGGGUGGAGGCUUGGCAGGAUGAGCAGUGUGGCCCUGGGUGUGGACGUGUUAGUGGCAUUGGUGUUGGCGCUGGUUCUGCUGCAUCGAUAUGGUGAUGUGCGGAAACAGCAGCGUGUGGUUCUGCUGGCUACGCUCCUCGCCUGGUUCCUCUGUUUCCUCAUAGCCUUCACCAUCCCACUCGACAUCAGCACGACCAUCUAUAAUCAGUGUGUGACUGAUAACAACCAAGGGUUAGCUACAACAGCAAGUCACUCCAACCAGACAUCCAACACUUCAGUGUUUCCCACUCAGAGGUUACCUAAGGUGUGUCACAAGCCAUGGAGUUAUAUUCCAGAUGGGAUCUUGCCAGUGUUUUGGAGAGUGGUGUACUGGACAUCUCAGUUCCUCACAUGGCUCCUUAUCCCAUUCAUGCAGUCGUAUGCUCGUUCUGGAGGAUUUUCCAUCUCUGGGAAGAUAAAAACAGCGCUGAUUGAGAAUGCCAUUUACUAUGGCACUUAUCUCUUCAUCUUCUGCUCUCUGCUCAUUUACGUCGCCAUCAGUCCACAGUGGCACCUUUCAUGGUAUGAUCUUAGGACCAUUGGCAUCACCGCAGCGAACACCUGGGGCCUAUUCUUACUGGUGUUGUUGCUUGGAUAUGGCCUGGUGGAAAUCCCACGCUCCUAUUGGCUGGCAUCAUGUCACGGACAUCUGCUGUCCAAAACUUACUUUAAAGCAGCAAAGCUGAUGACGGAGAAAACAGAUGCAGAGGAGAACCUGGAGGAUGCGAUGGAGGAUGUCAGAGCUGUUAAUGAGUCCAUCAGAUACAACCAUCCUCUGAGGAAGUGCAUCGACACCAUUCUGAAGAAGUGUCCUGUAGAGUAUCAGGAGAGAAUGGGGAGGAACAUGGAUGACUAUGAAGACUUUGAUGAUAAGAGGAGUCCAUAUCCAAGCAAGAAGAGUCUGGUCAAACUCCAUAAACAGGUGAUUUAUGCUGUGCAGAGACACAACCGCACUCAGGUACAGUGGCAGAUCUUAUUAGACGAAGCAUUACACCUGGAAGACAUGGCUAAAAACGAGAUUAGCUCUGCCCAACAGUUCGUCCACAGCCAGCCUUCCAACCAAUUAGAUGGCUGCUUCAGGAAGUACAUCUACACACCUGCUGCAGAGUGGUAUUGGGAGUGUGUCUUGCGGAGGUGGUGUUACCGUGUGCUGGCCGUAGUUUUGUCAGUGUUGUCUGUGUUGGUUGUUUGGUCUGAGUGUACGUUCUUCAGCACUCAGCCUGUUCUGUCAGUGUUUGCCAUCUUCAUUCAGAUCGCUGAGAGGAAAUACAAUUACAUCUACAUAGAGGUGGCGUGUUUCAUCACCAUCUUGUACCUGUGUUACUGCGUUUACUCCACUGUGUUCCGCAUUAGAGUGUUUAAUUAUUAUUAUCUAGCACCUCAUCACCAGACCGAUGCCUACAGCCUGCAGUUCAGUGGCAUGUUGUUUUGUCGACUGACACCACCUCUGUGUUUGAAUUUUCUGGGUGUGAUUCAUAUGGACUCCACCAUCUCACACCAGGACAGACAACAGACCUCAUACACAUCAAUCAUGGGUUCCAUGCAGGUUUUGUCAUUCAUUGCAAAUGGAUUUUAUAUUUAUUAUCCCAUGCUCAUCGUGCUGCUCUGCAUCGCCACCUACUUCAGUUUGGGGACGAGGUGUUUGAAUCUGUUGGGUUUUCAGCAGUUCAUAGGUGACAGUGAUUUGACCUCUGACCUUGUAGAUGAAGGGAAAGAACUCAUUCGCAGAGAGAGGAGAAAGAGGCAGAAAACAGAGGAUGCUGAGAACAGAAGGAGGGAGUGGAGGGAGAAGUACGUGCCCAGGAGUCGGACCUCCUACUCGGAAAUCAGAGAGAAUGACAGUCCAAGCAGACAAGGUCAGUGUGAUCGGACUGAACUCCUGCAGGAUGUUGACCCGCUUGAUUUUUAUGGAGAUGAUACACAAGAGGUGGAGAACAGGAGGUAUAGUUAUCUCUCCAACUCGGUAUCUCGCACUCGCAUCUUCGACGAUGUGUGAAAAACAGCAAGGGAUCAUUGUUGAGAAAGAGGGAGACACCAAUCUUGCACUACUUCACUUUAUGAAGAGAAAUUGUGUGUGUGUGUGUGUGUGUGUGUGUGUGUUUGUGUUGGGAGGUUCUCACAGUUUUAGUAACCAUAGUGACUGUAGUUAAUACAGAAUUCUAAAGGAUUGAGAAUAUUAAAUAUUUAGCUAGCGUGAGUGAUCUUCUGUCUGUUUAUGUCAGACCCAAAGCUGUGAAUAAACGUGUGUGCUAAUGAUCUAACAGAGUGCUAAAAGAGUGGUAACAGAGUGCUAACAGAUCGGUAACAGCGCUCAGUUAGCUGCUGGGGAAAAACCAUUACACACGUAAUGAAUAAUGUGACAUUUUUGGGGGUUUGGUUACACACUGUGACUUUCUUUUGUUUUUGUGAACUUUUCACCCAGGUGUACCCUGACUUCACUGCUGCUGCCCAUGUGCUUAUUUCAUUAGUGAUGAACGUAGGCUCCUUGUGCAGCAGAAAUUUCAAUGAUAUUCAGACUGGAACUGACCCCAAACACUCGCAUCUCUGUGCACAGCAACAUGGCAUCACUUUAUCCCUCCUGUUUGGUUCUUUGUGUCUAACAGGGGAAGAUGGUUUUAUCUCCUUCUCGUGCAUCUUUUAAACAUUUUGUUCUCACUGGGUUCUUUGUCUAACUGAAAUAUUUAAUUUGAAAUGUUUUGCUGUUAUUUUUGCUUUUGAAGGACCUCACAAAUAAACAGAUGUUUCAGGUGA